UCAAUAAAUCUGUCAUCUGUCGCGUUAACCCUAAGGCAUUUUUCUCAACUUCACAAUAUAUUGCGUCAAUAAAAUAUAAUAAGAACAAUAAUAUUAUCGUGAAAAAGCAAGUAAAGAUAGUAUGGAUGAUGAAAGUAUCCAGAAUAUAUCCAGGAAAUCGAAAGCGAGUGUUGAAAAAAGACAGUCGCACUCAACUGUGAGUGACGAUAAAAGCUUUCAAAAAAUUUCAAAGAGCAACCUAAGCAUUGAAGAUGGUAGCGUAGAAAUAUUCUCCGAACAUGAUCAUAGUAAUGUUGAAACACAAGUCGAACCCAAACCAUUUUCAUACAUAGAAAUGCUUGACGUACCACGGUACUUGCCUGAACCCCUAACUAUCACCACCGAUUACUUAAAAAUGAUUUGCAAUGAGCUGGGACUAAUAAAGUUAUACUGGCCGAACUUGACGGAAGUGACUUUCGAAGACCGAAGCAAUUUUCCGGAAAAUUACUUAAGAAAUACGGACAAAGAGAAGUGUUUGCUUUUAUAUGCGGAGAACUUUAGGAGGCAAUUUUGCCAUAAGUUUCCUAAUAGGAAACCGUUGUUUUUGGCUUGCGAUAACGAAUGUGGAGUUCAAAAAUUGGUUUGCACCACCCUUCGUCCAACGACCCUGCCCUAUUCGGAAAUAUCCACAUGGGAGAAUUGUGCGAAAUUUGUUGCUGACCAUAUCAGAUACGAGACUUUGGAUGAACCAAUUUUAAUUCCUAAGCGCCUAUAUUCACCCCAUACGAUUUUCUUGAGACAGUCAGGACAAUCUUUUGAAAUAGCUACGUGUCUAUGUUCCUUGCUUAUUGGAUUGGGAUAUGAUGCCUAUGUGAUUUCUGGAUAUGCCAUAAAGGAUGUAACAGAACGCAUAAUGUGCAGAGUCGACUGCCCUUUCGAACCCUAUAAAGAGGAAGUAUCCGAGGUACAAGUGGUGGUUGAAGAUCAAAAAUAUAAAAUAACAAACAAAAAGGAAAUACAAAGUAAAUUCAUAUUAAUGAUGGAACAACGUGAAAAAGAUAAAAUAAAAGAAUUAGAGGAACGACAUGCUGAAAUGGAAAGAGAAAGAACUCUGGAAGAAGAAAAACGACCAUUUGACGAACUAGAAGGUCAAAGAGUCCACGCAUGGAUACUUCUUGCAUCUGGCUGCCGAAAUGUUCCAGAAAACCUAUUCAUCGAGCCUAGUACCGGCAUAUCACACCCCCUUAAUAGCGACUUGUAUUGCGGAAUCGAAAGUAUUUGGAACCAUGAAAACUAUUGGGUGAAUUUGCAAGACUGUUCUCAAGGUUUAGGAAACUUAAGUUACGAUUUAACCGAUACAGAAAAAUGGGAACAUUUGCUAGUAGGAGAACCUCUAAGGUGGAGAAAACAUAAAGUAGCAGAAAUAGGUGAAGAUGAAGAAGUUGAAGACUUUUGGGAUGAAAAGCAUCUUGAUAUGCCCUAUUAUUGGUCAAUGAAGAUCAAUAUUCCCCAUGAUGUGCUCCAGAAACGAUUCCCUUUAGGUGCAAAAGUGACCCAAUAUAAAAGAACAGUGGUCGAGGAAUACGCCCCUUAUGUAUGCGAGGAUGGAGAGGUUCAAAAAAUUGUUCGAUAUAAGGAUUUUGCUUGUACUGAUAUCGAGCUGAUUGAGGAAAAGUUUGAAAAUAGACACGAUAAGUUGAUUCAGGCAAUUCUAAAUUCUAAAACAAACUUGGUUGUUGAGUAUUUUGCUCCUGGGAGAGAGGACAGUGUUAUAAAGCAUAUUUAUUUUAAAAACGAAGAUAAUCCAGAAGCUGAAAGGACCAUUUUCUUUAAUAGUAAGGCCCGAUUUGAUGGACUUUCAAAAAUUGAGAUCGCUCCGAACGUAUGUACUGAGCAUUAUAGUGAUAGAGAUGACAAGUUAUAUUAUCGCCAAGUGAUUUACGACAAGAAAAAAGAUGGAAAAAAAGAAGCAGAACAAGGGACAAGUCGUAGACCUAUUUUGAAAAUUAUCCAGAAAUUUUUGAGGGAUGAGCAGAAAUUACCUUAUGACGACGUAGCCGUUAGGGAAUUUAAUAUUAGAGACAGAGAAAUCCACCUUAAAUACCAUUAUGGAAAGGACAACGUGACCGCAUCCACAAGAACUUUCAUUAAACCACCGAUAUCCGAAAUGGGGGAGGGGAUGACUUUUAGGCCAGAACUAACCUAUGGAUAUCAAGCACAAAUCGGAGCUAAGCCGCCGAGACAACUCCAGUUAUUUUUGCUUCUCGAGCAGCAAAUAAAGGACGAAAAAGAAGUUAUAGAGCUUAUACGGGAUUUUGAAAAUCAGAUCUCUGAAUUUCUACUUCUUCGUGCCCACGAGAUGGCAUUUUCCGCCCUGGAUGUAUCGAUUUACAAUCGUGAACAAAAUCAAGAGUAUCGCACCGGUAUGCUGGAACAAGAAGAUAAGCAAAGGAUGUAUAAGGAAAAAGAAGUGGAAGAAGAGAUCGACUAUCUCUCACCUUAUUUAGCUCGGUUAGGUAGCCGCAGUUCUUUAACGUAUCAGGAGGCAUUAGAUAUUAAAUAUGCCUGCUUGGAUGAUUAUAAGGCUUUACUGGUUAAGAGGGCAAAUGAUAUUCAGCAUCAGUUUGACAAGAUGACAUCAAAAGUAGAAGACAUGCAAAACUGGUAUACCCAGAAUCAUGAUAAUCUCUCCCCAGAAGAAGAAGCGCAAUAUUUUCAGGAAGUCAACGACAUACUCUUCUAUUUGCGCACCUUGGAAUUUCGUCUACAAAGGCAUAAGGAUCUCUCCUAUACUAGGUACCAGUUUAUGCUUUACUAUGUCACUCGUCAUCCGAUGCUGGACGUUCUCGAAGAAAAUUGAGAUUACACUAAUAAUUUUGUAUGGUAUAUAUUUAUAAAUAUAUUAUUAUUGAUAUAAACAUAAA